AUGGCAGAGACUCCAGAGGAAUCGUCCUCUCCGAAGGCGGCUGCUGCUGCUUCAAAACCUCCAGCUGAGGCAACCCCUGCACCUGCAGAGGAGACGACCACUGAACCACCCACUACAGAGAACCCCGCCGAGCCUGCUGAAGAUUUUCAUAACCCUACUCAUUGGGCCAAUUUGAAUGCGGACGAUGCACCAGAAGACGACGAUGCUGAUUCGGCGGUCGGAGAUGAUGCUGCCAGUUCAACUGAGUCAAUUUCUUCGAGCAUCCUUCAUUACCGCACGAUUCACGGGAGGACGUAUCACUCUGAGCGGGGAAAUGCCGAGUACUGGACACCGAACGAUGAGCACCAUAACGAGUCUAUGGAUAUCAAUCACCACCUCUUGUCUCUGUCGCUAGAGGGAAAACUCCAUCUAGCUCCUCUGAAGGAUGACAUCCAGAAAGUCCUUGAUAUCGGGACCGGGACUGGUGGGGGUAUUUGGGCUAUCGAUUUCGCAGACGAGUAUCCCAAUGCCGAAGUGAUCGGAACGGAUAUCUCUCCCAUCCAACCUGACUGGGUCCCACCAAAUCUGAAGUUCGAAAUUGAAGAUUGUACCCAAGAGUGGACUUACGACCCCAAUUCAUUCGAUUACGUACACAUGCGCUAUAUGUAUGGAAGUAUAAGCGACUGGUCCGCUCUGUUCAAAGAGGCAUUCCGCGUCUGCAAGCCUGGCGGGUGGGUUGAGAGCUAUGAAGCCUCACCUAGAAUGGAAAGCGAUGACGGCACUGUAACUGAAACGUGUGCUAUCAACGAAUGGGGCAAAUUCUUCAUUGAAGGCGGGAAAAAGCUAGACCGCACUUUUGAGAUCAUUGAUAAAGAUCUGCAGCAGAAGGGGAUGGAGGAAGCAGGAUUUGUCGACGUCAAAGUUUGGGAUUUCAAGGCACCUAUUGGAGGUUGGCCCCAGGACCCUCGGCUGAAGCAAAUUGGACAGUUUGCUCAAGCUGCGCUUGAACAGGACUAUGAGGGUUAUGUUUUGUAUAUGGCCAAUAUUGUUCUUGGUUGGACGAAGGAGGAAGUUUCUGUGUACUGCGCUCAGUUGCGACGCGAGAUUCGGUCUAGAAAGUUCCAUCCUUUCUAUCGUCAGCGGGUUGUUUAUGCAAGGAAGCCUGAAUAA